AUGCAGACUGCUUCACUAUUCUUCGACUGCGCUCCACGAGCCGAUGUUGUGUUCAUCCAGUUCGACAAUCAUCCAGAAGACGCGUGGGCUAUCGACCACAUUUCUGUGGAUACCAGUUACAGAAUGGGUCCCGAUGAAGAUUACGAAUACAACUGGCACUUCGAACAUCCCAUCCUAAUGCCUUGUUCUUCUUGGUUGGAGGAAGCAUCGACGUAUCAGAUUGGUCCAAGGAAUGGAUUAUUUAUCAGUUAUGAAUAUCGCUAUAACGCCCUGCAACAGAAUUGGACAAGCUAUUGGAUUUAA